UUACUAAAUCUGAACUUUACUAAAAGUACUAAAUCUUAGUAUCAGUGUAGGACAUUUACAGUACAGGUCAAGUGAAAGAACAAUAUAGAAUUAUCUGAAUUUGCAAAGAUACAUAAAAUUCUUCAUGAAGAUAAAUGAUAUGUAUAGGUGAACCAAACACCUGCCUAGAGCACAAUGUAGGUGCUAAACAAGUCAUACAAGAUCACGUAUCAGGCAUUAUACUCUUACAGGAUCGGGUAGAUCUCUUUACACUUGAGCUCCAGUUCCUGAGGAACCAAGAUUCUUAUAGAUUUUCAUGACGUCUUGGUGUGUGAAAUUAAUAUUUUUGCAGUCUUAUGAGCACCCAGAUCAGAAUUAUAAUCAGGUACAAUAUAUGGCCAAAAGUUUGUGGACACCUGACCAUCACACCUAUAUGAACAUCCCAUUCCAGAUUUAAUCUCCUUCCACUCUUCUGGGAAGGCUUUCCACUAGAUUUUGGAGAGUGGCUGUGGGGAUUUGCCCAUUCAGCCACAAGAGCAUUACUGAGAUCAGGCACUGAUGCUGGGCGAGGAGGCCUGGGGUGCAGUCUGUGGCAAACCAUGUCUUCAUGGAGCUCGCUUUGUGCACAGGGGCAUUGUCAUGUUGGAACAGGUUUGGGCCUCUUAGCUCCAGUGAAGGGAAACUGUAUAUCUAUAGCAUACAAAGACAUCCGAUACGCCUGUGUGCUUCCAGCAGUUUGGGGAAGAGCAACAUAUGUGUGUGAUGGUCAGCUGUCCACAAACUUUUGGUCUUAUCGUUCAUACAGGACUGUAAAAUAAAGUGUCAGUGCAGCAUGACACAUUUUCAGCAUUUUCAUUUUCAAAUAAUCUGCAGAGAUAGGCCUAUAGAGGAUUAUAUAAAACACUGAUUUAGUAUCAAACUACUGAUACAGAUUAGUGCGUCAUUAAAUGACAAAAGCUUAGCCAAUAAGAGGAGAGUCUAGAAAACAAACCCCGCCCCUACCACCUGAUUGGCCGUCAGUCAUUGGCGGAAAAUGGGCGGAACUCGAUGCCGUAUUGUUUACGUCUGUGGGCUGAAAGUAGGUCAUAAGAGCGAGACAGCUAGUAACAUAUUUCUCAGAAAAUUUAAUUAUUCUUAAUCACACGAAGUUGUAACGAUAACGGAAAAAGAGCAGGAUUCCCGCGGGCUCUCCGGUGACAUCUGCAAAGCUGGUGUGGCAUGUCCAGGCGCAGCCGAAACAGUCGAGCGUGGCGCAGCGUGUGGAGCGGAAUUCGGCGGGAUGCUGAUGCAAAUACGCUGGUGCUGCCCUCGGAGAGCGAUGAAUGGGGUUGUGACCGCCUACAGGUCAGUUACAGUGACUCAGAUUCAGAGGCAGAGUAUCCUGGCAUUGUACCCUCAGUGCCAAGUGCGGUGCCAGUAACCGGAGAGUCGUACUGCGGUUGUGAUUUGGAGAUGGAAUCGAGUUACGACCCACGUCUACGCAGUUACGCACGGCUGCGAGACUGCCACUGUGGUGAAGAUGACCAAGAUUUCGACUGGGUGUGGGAUGAGGGCAGUCGGUCAGCGGCCACGCUGCUGAGCUGCGAGAACAGGAAGGUGAGCUUCCACUCGGAGUACAGCUGCGGCACGGCGGCGAUCCGCGGCUCCAAGGAGCUCUCAGAGGGACAGCACUUCUGGGAGAUCAAAAUGACCUCUCCGGUCUACGGAACAGACAUGAUGGUAGGAAUUGGCACAUCAGAUGUUAAUCUGGACAAAUACCGACAUACAUUCUGCAGUUUACUGGGAAAAGAUGAAGACAGCUGGGGCUUGUCAUAUACAGGGUUGUUACAUCAUAACGGAGACAAAGUGAGCUUCUCAUCACGGUUUGGUCAGGGAUCCAUCAUAGGCGUUCACUUGGACACCUGGCACGGAACUCUUACCUUCUUUAAAAACCGCAAAUGCAUCGGUGUCGCUGCUACAGAGCUGCAGAACAAGCGUGUGUACCCCAUGGCAUGUUCCACAGCUGCCAAAAGCAGCAUGAAGGUGAUCCGCUCAGUCUCCGCCCCCACCUCACUCCAGUACCUCUGCUGCUGGCGUCUGCGUAAGCUCCUCCCUUCAGGAGCCGACGCCCUCAGAGUGCUGCCCCUCCCACCAGGACUCAGGCACCUCCUACAUUCCAAACUUGGCUGGGUGCUAAGCUUAGACCACUCGCAUACGCAUACAAACUCAAACACAAAUACACCAGCUGGGCCCUCUUCAGGCAGCGAAUCAGACGGCUGCGCUUCCGACCCCGAGGCCUGCCAGAGGAAACGCUGCCGCUGGACCUGAGGCGAACACACACACACACACACACACACACACACACACACAUAUAUAUAUACCCAUACACAUAUACCCAUACACACACUAUUACAGUUAAUACAUUGUCAAGUCUUUUCAGUUUCAGACUCAUAUACAGUGGUACAGUGGAUUGAGACAAAACUUAAAAAAAAAAAAAAAAAAAAACGUCUUUAAGAUGUUGAUGUAUCUGAUGUAACAAGAAACCUCUCCACAUUGAGGAUACCAUUUGAUUUUAAUCUCCUGUGGGACUGUUAACACUGCAUUUCAUUGUGUGGAUCAUAGUCAGACAUGCAAAAUUCAAUACUUUCUGGAUGUACAGAUUAUGUAAAAGACACACGCACAUACACUCUGAUGUAUCACGACUAAACAGUGAACGGUCUUUCUCUUUUAUAGCAUAGUGCUGAAAGUUCCUGCUCUGUCCUUGCUGUCUCUUUCAGGGUUUUGGAACAAAAAAUAUGUCACACUUUUCCAUCCCACAUGAACUGUUAUAUAAAAUCUCAGUAUUAUCUUUACCUAUAACCUUCAGCACUGUGCCCUUGUCUACCUGUACUUCAGAAUAGCUUAUAUCCAAACAAGUAGAAUGAGUCAAAUGGACACUCAGAUGGAUAAGUGGUUUAAUUACCACUUAUAAUUUGACGUACUAUAUAACAUGUAAUUCACCAUCCAUGUUUGCAAACGAGGUGACUAGUUUGACACCAGGUCUCAUCAGUAUAGCAGUGAUAUGCUGAAUCUAGUACUGUAUGAUACAUUGAACUAUUUCUUGAAGUUGCUGCAUUUGAGAAGUUUGGAAGAAUCAUAUUAAUGUCUUUUAUACAGCUAUGCCACAAUAUAAUGGUAUAUAGCAAAGCAGAGGUCCCAAUAUCUACGGUUUGGCUGUAGUAUUUUUGUGAUUAAUCAAUGCAUCAUCCGUUCGAUCCAUAUCUGUUUUGAUAUCAAGAAAACAAAACAUUUGUUUUCUGAAUUUAGCCAUUUAUUACCUUGACUAUGAAUGUACAAAAAACAGCAUUGUUUUCUAUUUUAGCAGACAAUCUAGACUCUGAAUAUGAUGUUUUAGGCCUAUAUACUAAUGUUGGCCUAUAUACUUUUUUUUUAGUUUUAUGUGUAUAUUGAAUGUUCAUUUGUUCUUACCCAGAAGAAAGGACAAGUAAAUGUCAACCUCCUAGAAAUGGCAGUGACCAGGUCAAUAAAUGGGGUAAAUUUGUUGAGCCCGCAAUAUCGUCAUGGUCACUGCCAUUUCUGGAAGAUUGUCAACAACUUGUCUUUUCCUUCCCAAGUUGUGGUCUUGGCAAAAUCUUCAGACGCUCAUGACUGAGCAUUUCUCUACACUGAUUUGAGCCGAAUUGGCAGACAUAUCAGUGUAUGUCAUUCCAUCACAUGUAGUGUAUGUCACUACAUUUUAACUGCAUUUGUAUGCAGCUUCAAUGAUGCCAGCUUUCUGAUGUCUUUUUCUGUUUUCUCUGCAUCUUACAUGUUCAAAUUCUCGUAUCGCCCUGCUGGUGACCUUUAAAUGUGUAUGGAUGAAGCCAGUUGUGUGGAUUUUUUUUUUUUUUUUGGAAAAUUUUCAGAAAUUUUUUAAGAAAUCCGGGUUUGUUUUGCAGGAAUACAAUUUCAAAACAGAUAUGAAUUGAACAGAUGAUACACAUAUUGCAAUUUUAGUCUGCUUGCUACAGCAAUAUGAGACACUGAAGGUGAUGUGAAAUUUAAAAAAAAAAAAAAUUGUUCCUGAUACUGGUUCUCAUCUUGCAUCAAAUUUAUCAGGUCAGAGUUCACACCCCUGUAUUUGGAAACCAUUCUGCUGAGUUUCUGACAUAAUAGAAGACAAGCGGGCAUACUAUGGCCUCUGGUUGGUACAAGCGCAGAGCAGAAUGCGCUGUUUACCUUUUAUCCUGUUAUCCCAUCUCGUCCACCAAUAUACGCUAGGGUUUUUCUGUUAAGAUCCUAGUCGUUAUCUCUGCCUGUUAGGAUCUUUUUGUUAACAAUGUUGGUACCUCUGUCAAAGCCACUUUCCUGACACUUUUCCACAACCUGAACCUGACAAAUUAUAUUCCGUCUUUAUUACUAUCAAUCUAUUGACUUUUCUGCUGUCCUUUCAGAUGACAUUUUUGUAUUAUUCCACAUUUAAUAUGAGAUUUUUAAAACACUCAUUCCUGCUUUUAAUCAUUUUACUCCACGUACCUUUGCCAAGUCAAUGGGCUAGUGUAUUAACGUCUAAUGGGUGUGGUCUUUUGCCGACAGUUAUAAUCAUACCGAUGCAGUUUUACAAAAUCCUGGCUGAGUUUUUGUUCAUCACUGGCAUAGUACUGUUGUGCAAGAGUAGAUGCCUGUGAAUUGUGCACAAAUGUGUAAAAUGCUGCCGUCAAAUACCUGCAUGAACCUGUGAUUUGAACUCACUUUGGUCUUAACACAGCAACUGUGGUGCUCUGUGCCAUCUUCAUCACCUCUCUUUGGCUUCUCACUAGGGCCACUUCUAUCCUGAUGCAAAGCAAAAACACUUAAUGCCCCACUUGAGAUGAAAGAGGAUACACCCACGAUGUAAACCAACAAAUGUGAAGUUAAUGUUUGUUUUGCAAAAAAAAGAGGUUGGAUCUUCUUUUAACUCAGCUAGAGUCAGCUGAUGUUCUCGAUUCAUAUGCUGUCUGAACAAAGUACCUGCCCUUGUUCUUAUAGCCAUUCAUUUUUACAUCUCUCUGUGAGGGUUGUAUUUAUCAACUAUGGAAGUGUGUAUAGGUUUUGUAAUUCACAAAAAAAAAAAUCUAAGUCUUUGUUAUGCAUUAAAGCACUUUUCCCUCUCAUUGUAUGCAUAUAUAAAUGCAUAUAGAUCCUUUUUGCUCUGUUCUGUACAUAUUGUAUGUAUUAUCUAAUUCUCUUUUCUCUGUCUCCCUUUACUAUAUGUUAAGCAUGGGCUUUAACUCAUAUAUGAUUAAAGGAGUUGGAUGAAAAUCAUACACGGGGGAAGAAAGGCUGGAUAUGUAGGUUGUUUUUUUAAGCAUAAUAAAGGAUUAAAAACUG